GAAUGCAGCAUUAUAAAUAAAUAAAAUUAGAGCGAACAGUAAUAUUAAAUCAGGAAUUUUCUUGUCCUUCAUUUCUCAUCCUCUCCCUCCCCCAAAUUUGAUUUAUUUCCACCUCCGUAGCUCCGACAUUCAAAAUGGCAACCAUCAUCUCAUAAUUCAGUGGAUUAGAGAAGAUCUGAUGAGACAUAAGAAUCAACUGUGAUCGAACAACAGCUAAGACAAAUCCUGGUUUUUCUUGAAUUUCAUAAUCGUAGGCAGUGACUUUGUAGCCAUGGAUGACCAUGGGAGAGGCAAGGUGCAUGGAAUUCGACAUAUUGUAAGGCUUAAGGAAAUUCUUCACAAGUGGCAUCAUGCGACAACUGGUCACAAGGUCGGUCAUAACAACUCUGCUGAUCCGACAUCACCUGGGGGGAUAUCACCGGCUAUUAAUAGGAGAUUGAAGGGCUGCAAUGUGUAUGUUGAUUUGGAUGAGGAAAACUGUCAGAGCCCGGAUCCCCCUUGUGAUAUUCCAAAAGGGUUCUUGGCUGUUUAUGUUGGUCCUGAGCAGCGGAGGUUUAUAAUACCUACAAGCUAUCUUAGUGAUCCUUUGUUUAAGAAAUUGCUGGACAAGGUGGAGGAAGAAUUCGGGUUUGAUCAUUGUGGUGCCCUUACAAUUCCUUGCGAGACAGAGACGUUCAAGUAUCUUCUUAACUGCAUGGAGAAUCAUCAGAAGGAGCAAUGUGAGCAUGAGAAUGCUGAGAGGUCAUUAGAGAAUAAGGAUUAAGCAGCCAUAACAAAUUUCAGAAUCCUGAAACACUUGGGCUGUAAUUGUUGGAUCGAUCAGCAAAUGAUAAAAGGUCAUAUGUUUCAGGGCCUGUCUUUAUUUGAGUAUCGUUUAGAAAGAACACAUGACAUCCAUGUAAGUAAUUUAUAUAUUUGUAAUGUUGAUGAUCACUUAUUCACAAUUUCUCUAAGGUUAGGGCUAUGCAAAACAAGAACAUAUGAUUGUUAAUUUCUUUAUAUGUCGAAGCCUAUAAUGUCUAACCUCAGUACAGUACAUGGUUCCGCCACAUGGAUUUAUUGCAAGAUUUGUGUUUUCUUGUUGAUUAA